AUGAAGGUGAUUUUAUUAGUCGCUCUUUUGAGCGUUGUAGGCCUAAACGCCUUUACUUUAACGAGAGAUGUUCCAAAAGAUGUCGUUGCUCAAGUUUUACCAAUCCUGGGGGGAGAAUCCCCUGAAGAAGCCCCAACCGCCGAAACUCUUCCAAUCAUUGGUGGAGAAACCCCAUCUUUAGAGAUCGGAAAUCUCCCAUCUCUUGGAGAUCUUUUCCCUGUUAUAGAUGAAACUGAGUCUUUAGUUCCGGUGAAUCCCAUCAUUGAAGGUGGUGAAACCCCAACGAUCGAAGUUGGAAAUCUUCCAUCAAUUGGAGAUCUUUUCCCAAGUAUUGACGAAACUGGACCUUUAGUUCCGGUGAAUCCCAUCAUUGAAGGUGGAGAAUCCCCUACCAUUGAAAUCGGUCACUUACCAUCCAUCGAUUGGAGUUUAAUUCCGUGCGAAAUUCCAGAAGAUAUCUUGAAACCUCUUCCAAUCCCAAUCGAACCAGAAGAAGUCGAAGUUGUUCCAUCUCCACUUCCACUCCCAAUUAAUCCAGGAGAUUUCGAACAAGGAGUUGAAAUCAAUCCAAACCCACUCCCACUUCCAAUCGAUCCAGAAGUUGAAAUUAAUCCAAAUCCACUUCCUCUUCCAAUCGACCCAGAAGUUGAAAUUAAUCCAAAUCCACUUCCUCUUCCAAUCGAACCAGAAGAAGAAGUCGAGUAUAUUGAACAACUUCCAAUCGUCCAGAAGUUGAAAUUAAUCCAAAUCCACUUCCUCUUCCAAUCGACCCAGAAGUUGAAAUUAAUCCAAAUCCACUUCCUCUUCCAAUCGAACCAGAAGAAGAAGUCGAAACCCGAAAUUAAUCCAAACCCACUCCCACUUCCAAUCGAUCCAGAACCAGAAAUUAAUCCAAACCCACUCCCACUUCCAAUCGAUCCAGAAGAUGGAAACAUUGAAAUCAACCCCAACCCUCUUCCACUUCCAAUCGAACCAGAACACCCAGAAGUCGAAAUCGAAUAUAUCCCAGAAAAUCCAAUCAAUGUUAAACCACAACCUCUCCCACUUCCAAUCAACCCAAUCGAACCUGAAAUUGAAGUUGAAUUGGUUCCUGAACCAGUAGUUCCAGAAAUGCCAGAAAUCGAAUGGUUGCCAGAACCGGAAGGUGGAAACUCACUUCCAGUGAACCCAUUACCAUUACCACUUCCAAUUGAACCAAUCGCACCGGAAAUGCCAGAAAUUGAAUGGUUACCCGAACCAGAAAUUGAUUGCGAAACUGAUGAUUCGGUUGAAAUAAUCUCUCCUGAAGUGUUACCUUUACCUAUUGAUCCAAUUGAAGAAACCGAAGACGGUUUGGUUCAUCCAUCGAAACCACAAGUUCUUCCAAUUAACAAACCUUAA